AGCCCCGCCCAUAGAAGCACACCGGAAGUCAACAGACCGCGGAUUUUUGAAAAGAAGACGUUUUCUUGUGGAUUAUUUUUUCAUCAAAAACUUCUUAUUUCGGAUCUUUUAAGGCUAGCAUCAUGAUGUCAAUUACUGACCCGGGGACGAGCGAGUACUUCGCCAAAGCCAUGGAGGAAAUACACAGCCAGCACCUCAAAGCUCUGGGCAAAAUCACAGACAUGACCACGGAGCUGUCCCAGACCCACAAACAGUUUAUCAAAUCUGCCCAGGAUACAUGUAUAAAGAAGUGCAAGGAUGACGAGAUGUUGUUUGAUACAAUAGAAUCAUUCAAAAAAGACUUGGAGCAGAAGGGCAAGCUGCUGAAGGACAAACGUUUGGUCAUCUCCGAAGUCAUGUCUGAGAUCGAGCAGAAGGACAUGAAGAAAGAAGAAAUCAUCCACAAGAUCGAGAAACUCAAAGAGGAGCAGGCCAAGAGGCGAGAUGUGAUCGACGCUCAGAACAAGGCGAACAAGAAGAGACUGAAGAACCUGCAGAAGGCCCGGUACAUGUUCCAGGAGCAUCUGGGGCUAGAGAUACGAGCCAUCAUGGGCAAAGCAGAGGUUUCAAGAGGAGAAAAACUGCAGUUUAUUUUCCGAAACAUCAACCGCGCCGAUUUAACGAGCACCUAUAUCGUUACCAUGGGGAUCAACGCCGAGGGGGCCUACCAAGUUGUGUCCAGUGACCCGGCUCUGGACUGUUUACCCGAUCUGGAAAAGCGUCUUCAGGAAACCAACAACCUCGCAGCUUUCCUCGCCAACAUCAGGAAAGAGUUUGUCUCUCUAGCCCGGCAUUAAAGGUGUAACUUUUCUGGUGGAGGGUCCGUCAAAUGCUUUUCUCCACGGAGAUGUUACUGCUUUGUCUGGAAUGUUUCACAGUAUGACGUUAAACCUUUUUAUCUUUAAGGAGACCAAACCAGACACGCCUGUUUUUCAAGGUAUUUUUGAGGUAAAAAUACACGUGUAUCUUAAUAAAUAUAAAGUUGACUUGUUUAAUGUCAUACUUUCCAGACAGAGCAAUGACAUAUCCAUAGAAACAAUCAGGCGACGGACCCCCAAACGGCACCUUUAACGAUUAAUUUUGGACUUAUUGAACAAAAAGACUAACUUGCACCAAAUCUGCUUUUAAAUUGGAUUUAUAGAAGUACUUUUCACUACUUUUCCAGACCUUUCUAUGUGUCAUUUUUACAAGUAACAUGUCCUUGUUUGUGUAAUAAUAAAUAUUUGUUUUUUAUGA